UAAUAGUACCUUUUAUUUUCUUCAUCCCAAUUUCCAAAACAGUCGUCCUACAGUCACCUCUUUUCUUUCACCCGCCUAAAAAUCCACACAACCCACCUUUUCAACACCCAAAAACUCCAUUAUUAUUAGAAAAUAAGAAUUAACAGUUUCUGUGAAAAGGGUAAAAAGAAACCAUGUAUGAAUUUGGGGAAGAGCUAAUAAUUGAGAACUACAAAGUGCCAUGGCUAAUUUGGAUUCAGUUAGUGGUGAUGAUUCUUCUUGUUUUGCUUUUAUUCUUUGGGUUCAGUAUAUUGGAUCUUCCUAACAACUCAAACGCUGGUGCUUCUUCUUCUACUGCUACUGCUGUAUCUCAAGGUCCUACUGGUUCUUCCCCAAAUUGCAACUCAACUGCCACCCUUCAGAAUCGGAACCAAAACCAAAAUAUUAAAAGGGAAACUGAAGCCAGCACAAACCAUGAAAUCACAAGGGCAGAUGAAUCCCAGGAAAGAGAUGGAUCUGCAGAAAAGGACGCGACCAUUUUCAAGCUUUUUGUACGUCCGCAGCACCCUUGCAAUUACUUUGGACUAGCGAAACAAGCGUUUCUGAAGUGCUUGGGCUUUGAUUCGGAUCGUGAUAAUUGUAACACCAGAAGACAUGCUAAAGAGGAUUAAUGGAAAAUGCUAUAUUUUAGUUCCUUGAGACAGAAGUGUCUGCCUUUUGUACAAAGAUCAAGGUUUUGGAAAGAGCAGCUACUGGCCAUUUUAAAAGUGUAUUUGCAUGCCUUGAGAUUUUCUAAAUCACAUUUCCCUUGAAGCCUCUUUUCUAGUUGCAAUUAAGGUCGGAGGGUAGUUUAACCCACAAAAUGAUUGUUUGUUAACAUGUAGUAGCUCUUUCACCUAAGCAAGAUUAGCCCUGCAUUAGUUGUCUUGUAAAAUGUAUCUUACCCUGUAUAUAACAGCUUUAUAUUGAGCUGUGUCUACUUCUUUUUGCCUUGUCAUGAUAAGAACUUAAUUGCUAUUCUUUUAGUAAGGUGUUUCAUAUUAUAUGACGGUAUUUGAUUGGAUAUAAA